AUGGCUGCUCCUCCGCCCAAGGGCAUCUACGUGCCCGUCCCUACCUUUUUCGCCUCCAAGAAGGCCGCCAACUACAACUCGAUCACCCCGCCUGUAGACAUUGAGACGCAAGCCGCCCACGCCGUGUACCUGGCCAAGAACGGCAUCCGGGGCCUUGUCGUCCUCGGCAGCACGGGCGAGGCGGUCCACCUGCACCCCAGGGAUCGUCAUCAGAUUCUGAGCGGGAUCAAGGCGGGUCUGGAGAAGGAGGGGUUCAAGGACUACCCCAUCAUUGCUGGCACGGCGACCAACAGCAUCGAGGAGACGGUCGAGCAGCUCAAGGAUGCUCAAAAGUCGGGUUCUCAGUGGGGAUUGUGUCUUGCUCCAGGAUACAAUGCUGCUGUGACGACGCAGGAGGGCAUUAUCCGGUGGUUCACAGCCGUGGCUGACCAAAGCCCUAUUCCCGUCAUGAUCUACCACUACCCCGGCGUCUCCAACAACGUCAAGGUCACCCCCUCGACCUACGUCACCCUCGCCAAGCACCCCAACAUCGUGGGCUGCAAGCUCUCUCACGGCGACGUGUCAACACACAUCCAGGUGGGCUCCAACCCAUCCAUCGAUUACGACCACUUCCACCCCUUCACUGGCCUGGGCCAGCAGCUUUUCCCCGUGGUUUCAGUAGGCUUUGCAGGCGCCAUCGAUGGAUCCGCAGGCUUCUUCCCCAAGACGCUGGUGCGUCUGUAUGAGCUGUCGACCAAGGCCCAGGCCACCGAGGCCGAGCAGCAGGAGAGGCGGCUGCUGCAGUUCAAGGUCAGCUCCAUGGAGGAGAUUGUGGUCAAGUACGGCACUGUUGGUAUCACUGAAGCUGUAAGCAGACUUAGAGGGUUUGGUGAUAUUGACGGCACGAGGUUGCCGCUGUUUGGGGGAAUCCCCGGUGGUGAUGCCGAGUGGGCAAACUGGAAGCCGGUGUUGGAUGCUGUGGAGGAGGUUGAGAAGUCAUUGUAA